CUAAAUCACGAAAAAUUAGAGGCACCAAAAUGCAGGGGGGCCAAGAAAAUUUUCUAGAGUUGCACCUGUUCCGGCGCACCUCCGCGGCGCACAAAGAACCAUGCAGCUGCACUGUUCCUGAGAAAUCUUCAUCCUUCUAACAGGAGACCGACCAGCCGAAGCUGCUGCUCUCGAUCUGAACAAAGCGUCAGAUUGAGCAGGAUCUUUGUGCUGGAAAAAAUGCGACGAAAAAUAGGUUCCCUCUCGUCGUUCUUCGGCCGCCCCCCGGGCCAUAACAUGUUGAUGCCGAGUCGAGGACGACGGAAGCCACUUGCAAAUGCCUGUGCCGCAACGCAGAUCCUCUUCCUCGCACAUCUUCUCUACUUCAUCUUUAGCGCGCCUGUCACGUCGAGCACAACUGCAGCAGAUCCUCACAUCAUCCAACCGAUCUUCGACACGAAAUUCGAUUGCGACCCAAUCGUUUCUCCGGAAAUGCCGACGAGGCGGGAGCAGGGGUUUGCGCAUUUGUCUUUCAAAUUCGCGGACGAAGUGGAGAAACUUUACAACACGAAAAAACCGUAUGGAAGUGUCAGGAUCGAAAUCGACAAAGUUGAAAAAUUUGCGAUGCAUAAAACCGAUACCAGUUGGAAGCCCAAUUUCUAAGCGGCGCAUGACAAAUUUCGACGUCAUCGAAAUCCAGUUUGUCAUGCUGUUUAGCGAAAGAUGGUAUCCUUUGUCAUGCUACUUUAGCAGCUCUAAUAUCCCAAACCCGAAACAGGCUCACAAUCGGCCUCACUUGCAAUCUCUGCAAGACAGUCACUUCGUGUCUUGCAUUUUAUGCAUCACAGAUUAUUUCAACUUUGUCGAUUUCAAUCCUGACACAACCAUAAGCCCUCCAAAUGGCUCUUCGAAACGAUAUCCUUCGUGGCCGCCGACGUGGAAACGGUCUUGGAGAACAACCACCAGUGCAAAGCGGCGGGCAUCACUGCGUUGGUCAUGAAGGCCUUGCUAGAGCUGCUGCAGUCCGGAUUGCUGCAGGGAAAGCUUCCGCAGGAUGAAACGGCCAUACUGGUUUUGGACGCGAUGCUCUCCAACGAAUUGAUCCAGUGGGUGCCGAACUCGGUGCAGGGUCCGUCCGACGGGAAGAAGUUAGCGAGGGUUCCUGAGUAUCCUGUGCAAAAGUAUCGUACUCGUAGCGAUUGCAGUCAUGCAUUACAAGUUUUUUUCUCAAGGUAAAUCCGCAUUACAAAUUUUAUGUCUCAUGCUGAGGGAAUUUGUCAUGCAUUUAUACUAGUACGAUACUUUUGCACAGGAUACUGAGGGCACGUCGCAUUUGCUGCUUGGGUCGUCGUUUCCGGUGUUUCGGCUGUUGCACAUGUUGAUGUUACUUUACCCGGAAACGGGGUCUACCCGGAUGGGGCACUGCAAGCAGCACCACGACGAGUCCAUCCCCAUGCACAAACGAGUAGAUUGGGAUUUGUUUUACAAACAACUCGUAAACGCCACGGACGCGUCAAGUUCUGGUAGCGCUGCUUCUGGGCGGGUGGAACAAACAGAAUCAGGAACAAAGCGGAAGAAAACGAAACAAAUUUCCACCGCGGCGCACGACUCACAACGAAAUUUGCAAGCAAACACUAUCGUCCAAAUUCCGAGUAACGGUGACGCUACCUACCAGAAAAUCACGGUCACUGUAUCAAAUGUAAAAGUGUCUGGGUCUGGAAGAAUGCGCGAUUUGUCAUGCAGCUUUUCCAUGACCCAUGAGGUCUGGAAUGCAGGACCUAGCAUGACAGAUUCUGUGCGAUCUCUAUCAUGCCUAUCCUGCAUGAGAAACUCCCUCCCGACUUGGUCCAAACCGGACGACUUUUGGUAAUCAUGCAAUACAGAUUUUUGCAUGUUUUCAGAUCUAGCAUGACAAGUUGCAUUCUUCCAGAUCCAGACAUUUUUACAUUUGAUACACUGCGGCGAACUACAAAAAGUGGGAGGAUCUGUACCACCUGGAAAAAAUGAUGUCCGUUGUAUGAACUGCAAAAGCAUCGUACUAGUAUAAAUUGCAUUACAAAUUCGCCCAGCAUUACAAAUUAAAUCUGUAAUGCUGAUUUGCAUUGAGAAAGAAAUUUGUAAUGCAUAAAUGCAAUUACUACGAGUACGAUACUUUUGCAGUGGAUACGUUGCGGACUCCGCCGACAUGAUUUUCCAAUCCUGGCGCACCGACCAAUACAAAGCUGGGUGUCACUUGGCGGUGAUUGCGGCCUACGUGUUGCUAUGAAUUGAAAAAGCAUCGUACUUAGUAUAAAUUGCAUUACAAAUUUUUUCAAAGAGAAAACGGCAGUUUGUAAUGCUGAUAUGCCUAAGAUAUGCAAUUUGUCAUGCAUGAUUGCACUCAUACGAGUACGAUAGUUUUGCACAGCAUAGUUGCACGCGUUCUGGUACGCCCGGUCGGACCGGCAAGCGUGGUUCCAGAGGUUUCUGACGGCGGUAACGUCGGUUCAUGCGGUCCACGCACCUAUCGCGGACGCAAUCAAGGCGGACAACUGGCCCGUGUAUAGUUUGUGGGACAUGCUGUACAGAAUGCGGCGGGAGCGGCUAGAUUUCCCCAGUCGCGGGGACGGGAGUUUGGUGGCGAGGAUCGACUUAUCAAAUGCAAAAAUGUCUGGGUCUGGAAGUUGUCAUGCUGUUUUUGGAUUCGAAAAAUAUUUGUAUUGCAUGACUAGCAAGGGGUGUCCAGUUUGUGCUACGCAGACAGGGCAUUUCUCAUGCGGAAGGUGGUGCAUCACGAAGCCCUCUAAAAGUCUCUGAUGCUAGGUCAUGCAUUACAGGCAUUACGGGCCAGCAUGAGAAUAAAUAUGCAUGAAGACAAAUCUUGCACUCUUCCAGACCCAGACACAUUUGCAAUCCAUACGACUACACUGAGGAACGAGUUUCAAGAACAUCUAGCGAGAGGGGUCCGGCAGCUCCAGAAGCUGCAGAAGCAACCGCCAGAGAAGCAGGUGACACUGUCAUAGUGCCAGGAAAUGAUCCUGAAGAAGCAGAGAAUCAGAGACAUGAUCAAUCUACCGGAAUUGUAAGCCCCGAAUUCAUCACGACGAGUUUCCGCACCCGAACCCGCAAUGAGCCCAGUCUGGUGGAUAGGAGGCACCUUUUGCGGCUUGUCAAAAACAGAAUGAUAGACACGGUACAGGAGAAAGUAGAAGAUGCUUCUACUUCCACAGCUACUGCAUCGGGAAGUAGAAAAACGACACCUUCAAAAAGUAAGCACAAGAACAGCGUCGUCUUUUUUACCCAAGCUUACGGGUGGAUGGCGACGCACGUACGGAAAGUGGUGAGAAGAUUUAGAGAAAAAUUUGGCCUAAAUUUGAUUGUCCUGAUGGACACAACAAGGACACCGGCAGCUUCAGCUUCCUCACCUGCAGAUUCAGAACAAGUAGGAACUUCUGCCGACCACGAUGAAAGUGAACCUGAACCUCAGUGCACAAAAGAAGAACUCGAGACCUGGUGCUUACCCACGUUUCCGUCCUUGAUUGCGAAAUACGAUGCUUUGAUUCAUCUGGUAACAACGACGAACGCGCAGGAGCUCGUCUCCCAACCUAGUGCCACCAGCGCGAGUAGGAGUUCUAGUUCGGGUGCAAGUAGAACAUUAUCACCUCCUCCUCCUCCCACCGGCGCCUGUUGGGUCGACCUGGACAUCGCCUGGCUCCAGUCGCCGGCAAACCUUUUCGACGAGAAGUUCGAUUUUGUCCUGGCGAGUAAGGAUCAAUACGGCAUCGGGGUCAGUCCCGCCGUCCUCUGUGUGCCGAUCGGCGGUGGACCAGGAACUAGUACUAGUAGAAUAAAGACGUCAUCAACAACCAAAGGCAGCGCGAAAACUACCCCCACAAAAGCUGGAUUUUUUCCACAGGUCGGACCACAUGGUCCUGCAGCCGGGAUAUUAAGCGAGGAUGCGUUUACCGCUGUAGUCCCAGCACCACGACAAGCUGCAGUUGGUGGAUCAGGACAAGACGACGCGGACCACGACGAGGCGGAAACAACAAACAUGAAAGCAUCAGCUUCCUCUACCGCUUAUGCAUUGCAAAAGUAUCGUAUUCGUAUAAUUGCAUUACAAAUUUCCUCAGCAUGAGAAAUAAAAUUUGUAAUGCGGAUUUAGCUUGAGAACAAGAUUUGUAAUGCGUGUUUGCAAUUACUACGAGUGCGAUACUUUUGCACAGGAUACCGCCUCCGUAGACUCCGAUGGGCUGGUCGUAUCGGAUUCUCUGAUCACCGGCCAUCAUGCUGCUAAAUCCAAAAUUCAAAAUUCGCAGUCGAGCCCCAGCACCCCGAAAACCAAUCUCGUUUUGGACAUUUUGUACCAGAUCCGCCACACACUCCUCCUCAACCCCUUCGGGUUUGACCUGCAGAUGUGGGAUCUGAUCCUCGGCCGCCAGGGCGCCGACGACGUUGGCGGGUGGGACUACCAGGGCCGGAGCCACCAGGCCAACCCGGACAACCGAACGAUCAGCUACUGGGACGAAACGCGGAUCGCGUUGCCGGUCCGGGGAGUGCGGUACAAAGUGUUGGAGUCCUGUGUGCUCGCCUCCGGAGACGGAUUCAGCAUGGAAUGCGGGGGGCAAAGCGGAGGCUCGUGUUCUUCGUUUUCCUCCACCUCCGACUCCGGUGCGAGUUCUAGGUCCAACGUCACGCCAUUGCUACCCUGGAACGCGCCGCCGCGAUUGACGAAGGAGUUGGAAAAGGAAGAAGGGGCGGAAAACAUACACGAACAAUGGAUCCAAGAUGUCAAAGACUACGCAGAAGCAAGGGUCGUGAAAAUAAACGACGUCGACCCACCAGCGACCACAUCAAGCGGCUCCACGACAGCUUCUAUCCGACGCGCAAAGAUGCAGCAUCGGAAAGAUUUUCUACAACUUUCCGAGGAGCAGUUGAAGGAGAUUUAUCCCUUCCCGCCGAGAGAAAUGGUUGGGUUUCACUUUCACGCCGCCACGGAAUCCGCCGAUGAACUGUUUCAGCGGUUCUAUCACGAUGACGAUGGUGAAAUGAUCAAUACCAAGGGCGCAGAAGUCCAGGAAAAAGUUAAAGUUUUGUCAACCGCAGGCGAAUCGAUUCUGAAAAAGUACGCCAAGUACCGAAAAUUUGACCAGUAUGGGUUGCAAAUAUGUCUGGGUGUGGGAGAUUGCUAGACUUGUCAUGCUAGUCUGGCAUGAGUCUGGGCUCUGUAGUAUUGCGUGGCAGCCAAGAGCUCCUCUUGACUGUCAUGCAAACACACAGUUUCUCAUGCGGAAUACGCAACACAGAACCAUGAAAAAACCUGUGGUCAUGCUUGGCGGCGCAUGACUGUGUGCUUAUUAUUCAGUGACCUGCAUCACAACUUUGACUUUCCAGACCCAGACCACAUAUUUGCAUUUGAUAACCAGCUCGCCGUUGCGAAUGGUGUAGUCGUUCUGGAUGCAGCGAUCAGGAAGAACGAUGUAAUUCAGAACUACGAGUUUCUGGAGAAAGUGGAGGAGGAUAUCAUUCUCGGGGCAGCACGUAGAAGCAGUGGCGAAGGACGAGAGGCUGCUUCAUCCGCGGAUGGAAGUACAAGUAGAGAUGUCGGCACUUCUGCCUCCAGCGAUGAAGAUGACGACAGUACCGAUGUUGACCAUCUGCUUCAGCAGGAAAUCGAAAAAAGCAAGGUUUCGAUAGGUAGUGGGGCCGAUGUACUCCUUGAAGGCGAGGAUCGUAGUGCGGCCAUGAGGAAGAAGAGAAGAAGGCGGAGAAAGAACGCAAAUGUAUCUGCAUCUACUUCUGACCUUUCAGAGGUAGUUUCCCAAGAAACUACUAUCAACGUCCCGAAACUGCUCGCCAAAGAGCACUUCUACCGGAGCACCACGAACACGAUAAGCAGUCAACAACACGAAAUCCAAGCCACCAACUGGGUCCACAUCUCCUACGCGGACGGGUGCUGUCAGAAAGCGAUAAAGAAAAAUCUAGAAACUGGAAAAGGUUACUUUCAGGACCAGAGGGCUUACGACUCAACUGCUUUCGACCCGGUUUGGAAAGAGCAGCACAAUGACAUCUUGUCGGUGAAAACCGGGGGCGGAUUGUGGAUUUGGAAACCAUAUGUGAUGCUGAAGACGCUAGAAGACGAGAAUGUGCCGUGGGACAUAUCUUGAGUAAAAACAUCCCCACCCCAGAGUCAAGAUGGGGAAUCUGCUAGACAAAUCUGCCAGCUUUGGCUGUUGCGCGUGACAGUUUUGGCCUUGAUUGUAGUGCAUUCCUGUGGAGCUCGUUCAGCAGCAUCACAGAGCUAGCGCGUUGUGCUUAUUGGAGCAUGACAAAUCCCAACAGGCGACUAGAAAACGCUUCUCAUGGGGCUCUGCAUCACAAACGUUUUGAGCAUGCAGCUUUGCAUGACAGCCAUGGGGUGGGGGUGUUUUUACAUAGGAUAGAACAGCGUCGUGGUGUAUCUCGACGCCGGGAAUCAUUUCACAAACGACCCAAGAUUGUUCGUGCUAAACGCAUAUGGAAUGCAAAAACAUUGCACUAGCAGAAAUUGCAUUACAAAUUCCCCCAGCAUUACAAAUUGAAUUUGUACUGUAAUGCUGAAAUGCAGAAAUGCAAUUACAACGUGUACGAUACUUUUGCACUGCAUAACGCACUGAAAGAAACCGAUGUGGCGGUACUGCAGCUGAAGUGCUGCUUCGAAGCGGAUUGGAGCAAGCGGGAAACCUUGAUGGUAUUUCAUUGAUCAUUACGGAGGACGUGUGUGAUGCCAAAACAUGAUAAUCUUAAUCGCUUCGAUAUUGCACUUUGAUUGUCAUCCGCCGCAGGCAGCGACAAUAUACAGAAAGUGGCUUUUUUGAAAUAUUCGAACUAAUAUCACCCAGGCCCUGAAUGGCGACCACCAUGCUAUUUCGGAGCGACCGCAGAUGGGCGCCUACUUCCUCGCUUUCAGGAAAACCCCGCUGGCGUUGCGCUUUGCGAGACACUGGCUAUCAAAAAUGAUCGAUCCGGUGAUUGUGAAGGUCGAGUCGAUAGACAAGUCCGUAAAAAACUACGCCGGUUUCCAAAAACACAUGGCGGACCAGAGCGCUUUGUCGGUGCUGUUUAAGCAGUACGGGUUCAAACACGUGGCGCUCAAUAUGCAUUGCAAAAGUAUCGUACUCGUAUUAAUGCAUUACAAAUUUCCUUAGCAUGAGAAAUGCAAUUUGUAAUGCGGAUUUACCUUGAGCAAAAGAUUUGCAAUGCAUGACUGCAAUUACAACUACGAGUGCGAUACUUUUGCAGGUCAUACUCAAGGACGUUCAUAAAUUCAUCGCGCUGAAACGGUGGCGAGAGUAGAAAUUUCAGUCGGUUUCAUCUACUUCAGCGUCGCCGCCGUAGCAGUGGGAGCCAACGUCGGCUGUAGGAAAUAGGGAACAUCAAAUACGCUACGCUCACUCUUAGUCAACAUUAGUCUUGCUUCGAUGACACUAAUCAUUUGAUAUUCAUUUUUUCGUGCAAUGGGCAGCGUUCUUCUGCGUCUCUUCGUUGCGACAAAGAGAAGAGGCCAAUGCCCCUCGAGCUGUUUGUGCGCCUUCAGUUCUUGCACACCAAACCUGUGGCUGUGCCCAGAUCUUCAUUUGCAGAUGAAGUAGAAGUUCUUGCUUUCCUGUUAUAAUCGAAGCCAGAAGUAGUGGUCGACUGAAUCGACAGCGGCAAC